AUGUUUGUUAAUAAUAUUUGUCCUUGGUUUGCUAUUUCUUGCCCCAAAAUAGUUUCCAGUGCUUGGGAUCUAGUCGGGGCAGAACUCACUAAUCAUUUUAGCACACAUGGCAGUCAGUCUGAGAAAGAGAUUAUACAACAAUAUUGGGAUCUCCUCAAAAGCAUCAUAGUAAAAUCUGCUUUUGACCCUAAGAGCUUGCAAAUUGUGAAAGAUGCCCAGGAGCAUUUGGAGCACAUCUCCAGACAACGCUCUCACCCCAGUUCCCGCUCCAGUUCAUUUUUGCAUAUUGAUUCCCUUUCUCCCCCCGAGGAGCCUUCUUCUCUUAUGCAAAAAACUCUUUAUCCCUCUCUGCGGGCAGCAGCCUCAGAGACCCCUGAGGAGAAGCAGGACUCGGAGGAAGAAACUGAGUUGCAGGAUAACGCUGCUCCCUACCAUGGGAAUGCAACCUCUCUCCCCUCACAGCCUCCCAUGUAUGAUUUGCCCGCGCCCAUUAAAAUGCCUCUUCCAGAACCUGAUAAUCCUUUAUUGAUAGAGAUUCGACAGCUCAGACAGCAAAUUGCCCAGCUUCAAGCUACAGAUCCAUCAUCUCCACAUUUUUUGUUCCCCGUCCAUGGCCCGGACGGGGAGGACUGGGAGGAGGAGGGUGAACUCCCCUCUUUACCCCUCGGCAGACCCUGCACGAGGGUGCAGGCCAGGCAAGAAGCAGCCGCAGCUGCUGCUGCUGCCACUUCAGCAGCUCCAAUUCCAGCUGCCAGAGCCCCCCAACACCCAGCCCAGCCCGACAAUGGCUCCCUAGACCAUAGUCCCGAUCAAGCAGAACCCCCUGACAUUCCUGAAGUCCCUAUCAGCCGGCAACUGUGGCAAUACAAGGCCCUCGACAGAAAAGACCUCAAGGAACUUUUUACUGCAGUCACCUCCUAUGGCCUGCAUGCUCCAUAUACCUUGUCUUGCCUUGAAUCCAUCGGUGGCGGCAGCGCUGUUCUGCCAGCCGAGUGGCGAGAUAUUGUUAGAACUGCUUUGAAAAAUGAUGUUUAUUUUUCGUGGGAAGCUGAUUUCCUAUUAAGAUGUCAGGGUAUUGCUGCAGGAAAUGAUGACCUUUAUGCCCGCAUAGCAGGAAUACAACCAUAUCACGUUCUCAAAGAACAGUGUAAACUCCCUAGAAGCUUGCUUGCAAACACGGCUCUCGCUGCCCUACAAGCUUGGAAGUCCCUUCCCCAGGCUGGUACCUCUACUGCCCCGCUCUCUCAGAUAGUGCAGGGCCCAGACAAACCAUACAAUUCUUUUAUUGCCCGCCUUUCAGAGGCUGUGGAGCAUGUCCUGGGCGUCACCGCCACAGACGCUGAUAGUACUCUGGUAAAACAACUAGCCUUUGAGAAUGCUAAUGAUACCUGUAAAAGUAUACUUAGGAACAACCUGAAAAAAAAAUCCUUGCAUGAUAUGAUAAAUCUCUGCCGCGAGGCAGACCCCUUUGUUCAUAAGAUCGCCAAAGCCCUUGUUGCCUUUCAAGGACAGAACAAAGGAAAAACCUGUUUUCAAUGUGGUGCUCCCGGCCAUUUCGCCUCCCGCUGUCCUCAGCGGCAGACCCCGGUGUUACAAGCAGGUAACACUAAUCCCCGCCCCUCUCUUUGUCCCCGCUGCCGCCGCGGCAGGCAUUGGGUUUCAGCUUGCUGCUCAGUGAUUGAUUUAGAAGGGAACCCACUACCACCACUACCACAGGUGCAGGGAAACGGGCCACGGGGCCAGCCCCAGGCCCAGAAACACAUUGCAUUCCAGCCGGCCACGGGGACCAGCCGGCACAAUCCACCGCAGCCAGCCUUCUCACAGCAGCCCCAGUUUGCGGCACUCUCUCAGACUUCAGCUCCCGAGGUCCAACCGCUGGUGCCAAAUGGUAUGUUGCCCCCCCAGCAACCUCCCUUGUCAGGGCCUCCCCAGGGAGUGCCGGGCUAG